CACUUCGGCACUCGUUCCAUUUUUCUCACACUAAACCCCCUCGAAAGAUUUUUAUUUACUUUUAGGUCCCUCUGAUCGGAUUCCAUGGCCUCCGAGCUAAUUUUCCGCGGCGGCGCCGCCGAGCCGGAGACGGAGCCGGAGCAGGAGAGCUCCACCUCCGGCCCCUAUUCGCCGAAGCCUUCCAAGCCAUGGCCGGGCCUUUUACGCUACCUCCUCCGCGAGCAACGCCUUCUCUUCGUCCUCAUCGGCAUGGCCAUCGCGACCCUCUUCUUCACUCUCUUCUCCUCCUCCCCCUCCUCCUCCUCCUCCUCCUUCUCCACCGCUGCAGCCAUCUCUACCCUCGCCGUCGUCCCCCGAACCGUCGCAUCGUACCCGGAACGGCGGCUUUCCGUCGGGGCGAAGAUCCCGCUAGGGCUGAAGCGCAAGGGGCUUCGGAUCGUCGUCACCGGUGGUGCGGGGUUUGUUGGGAGCCAUCUCGUGGAUCGGUUGAUGGCGAGAGGUGAUAACGUCAUCGUCGUUGAUAACUUCUUCACAGGGAGGAAGGAGAACGUCAUGCAUCACUUCGGAAACCCUAACUUCGAGCUGAUCCGCCAUGACGUUGUGGAGCCAUUGCUUCUCGAGGUCGAUCAGAUCUAUCAUCUCGCUUGCCCUGCUUCUCCAGUUCAUUACAAGUUCAAUCCCGUCAAGACGAUCAAGACGAACGUGGUAGGAACUCUGAACAUGCUCGGACUCGCUAAGCGCGUGGGCGCCCGUUUCCUUCUCACAAGCACCAGCGAAGUCUAUGGUGAUCCUCUCCAGCAUCCCCAGGUUGAGACUUAUUGGGGCAACGUCAACCCCAUUGGUGUGAGGAGUUGCUACGAUGAGGGGAAGCGGACAGCAGAGACUUUGACCAUGGAUUACCACCGCGGUGCUAAAGUUCAGGUGAGGAUUGCUCGGAUCUUCAACACAUAUGGACCUCGAAUGUGCAUAGAUGAUGGCCGUGUUGUCAGCAACUUCGUUGCCCAGGCACUGAGAAAGGAGCCAUUGACUGUAUAUGGAGAUGGCAAGCAGACAAGAAGCUUUCAGUACGUGUCCGACCUUGUAGAAGGACUUAUGCGUCUAAUGGAAGGAGAUCAUAUCGGUCCCUUCAACUUGGGAAAUCCUGGAGAAUUCACCAUGCUUGAGCUGGCUAAGGUUGUUCAAGAGACAAUAGACCCCAAUGCGAAGAUCAUGUUCCAAGAGAACACCCAAGAUGAUCCUCACAAGCGCAAACCGGACAUUUCCAAGGCUAAGGAAUUGCUCGGAUGGGAGCCAAAGAUCCCGCUCCGCAAAGGACUCCCUCUCAUGGUCACUGACUUCCGUAAGCGCAUCUUCGGUGACCAAUCCACCACCAGCACCUCCGGCAGCUCCACCAGCACCUCAUAGAUGAUGAGUUCGAUCUCGGUCUGAAUCUUCGGUUUCUCUCAUAAUUCAUUCAUAUUUUAGUUCUCUCACCAGCUGCAGAUGAGAGUGAGUUAAGUUUAGCAGAGGUGGCUUGGUUUAUUAUUAUUAUUAUCAUUACUAAGAGAUCUCUUUACCUUCUUUUUUUUCCCUUUUUUUUUUUUUAUUUUCUUUGAAUGUUGUUCUUUAUGGUCUGAAUAGGAUGAAUAGAAUGGAAAGCAAAACAGUGCUCUUUAGUGUGCUCUGUCUGUCUGUGACCUUUUUACUAGCUACCUUGCAUUUGCAAGGGUAUUUUGGUGAAUUACCAAAUUACAGGCAAAGAUGAUAUAUUUAAUAAAUGGCUUUUGUAAACAAAA